CGGAGCUUCUGAUAACAACACUCGGAGCUGGAGCGGAGGCUGUUCGUUGCUGCGCCGCCACCGCCCGUGUCCUCCUCCGCGCUCCGCUCGCCUCUGGGCAGCAGCCGUCGCCCUGUCCUCUCCGGCUUCGCUUGCUCCUCCUCCUCCUGCUGAACCAUUUUCCUCCCGGAGUUAUGACCGUCGUCUCCGUCCCGCAGCGGGAGCCGCUGGUCCUGAGCGGCCGCCUGGCACCCCUCGGCUUUUCCGCCCGCGGUUACUUCGGGGCCCUCCCGAUGGUGACCUCCGCUCCGCCGCCUUUACCACGGAUUCCGGACCCUCGGGCACUGCCCCCCACCCUCUUCCUCCCUCACUUCCUAGGGGGGGACGGUCCGUGUCUGACCCCUCAGUCUCGAGCCCCAGCACCUUUGCCCAACUGCAGUCUCGCCCCGGCGGGGGGCACCCCUCGGGCCGCUCCAAAGAAGCGGCGAAAGAAGAAGGUGCGGGCCAGCCCGGCGGGGCAGCUGCCCAGCCUUGACUGCCGCGGCGGCACAAUUCCUCUUGCCGCUUUGAAACGAUGUAUUUUGUGCGCUAGUGUAUCCGAUGAACGGAAUUUAACGAUGUCUGCCGUGUACUGUACGGGACUUCUUCGUGGAAGGUGGUUUACUGUGUCCAAACUGAAAUUCUCGGAAGAAGACUUAUCCAUUGAAUCGACGUUAUGCUGCCCAAUUGUCAUGCCCCUGGACUGCUACAAAUUUUUAUUUUUAAACAAACUCUCAACCAACCAAAAUGAAAGCAUUAGAAAAUUUUUCUUGGCAACAUCCUAUUGUAAAAACACUGACCUUUGUCAGAAACAGGUUUUAAAAUCAAACAUGGGAAAAUCGGAGAAAAUUACCAUUCCCCACGGGCAGCUUGUUCAUGGUAUGCAUUUGUGUGAACAACCAAAGAUAAACAGACAGAAAAGCAAAUAUAACUUACCACUAACCAAGAUGACCUCUGCAAAAAGAAAUGAAAAUAACUUUUGGCAGGAUUCUGUUUCGUCUGAUAUAAUUCAGAAGCAGGAAAAAAAGCCUUUUAAAAACACUGAGAACAUUAAAAAAAAGCAUUUGAAGAAAUCGGCAUUUCUAACUGAAAUGAGCCAAAAGGAAAAUUAUGCUGGGGCAAAGUUUAGUGAUCCACCUUCUCCUAGUGUUCUUCCAAAACCGCCUAGUCACUGGAUGGGAAGCACUAUUGAAAAUUCCAACCAAAAUAGGGAAUUGAUGGCAGUACACUUAAAAACUCUCCUAAAAGUUCAAACUUAGAUCUCGGAUUUCAGUAUGUAUGUAAAACAUAGUUUUUCCAAAAUCCCUGAAUUCUUGAAAAGAAAAUUGGUAUAGAAAUGGAAAUUUGCCUUGUUGUAACCUAGGAGGGCAAAAGAUGGGUUUUAAAAAAUUACAAACAGCUUGUAUUAUGUUUUAUAUUUUGUAAAUACUGUAUACCAUGUAUUAUGUGUAUAUUGAUACUUCAGAGGUACAUUAUAGUUUUGUUAUGAAAGUAUAUGUAUUUUGCCCUGCCCAAAUGGUAGGUGUUUUGUAUAUAUACAAUGGAGAAAAUUUUAAGUGUGUGCUAAGGCACAUGGAAGACCAAUUUAUUUGCACAAGGUACUGAGAGAUUUUUCAAGAAACAGCUGUCGAAUCUCAAGGUGAAGAUCUAAAUGUGAACAGUUUACUAAUGCACUACUGAAAUUUAAAUCUGUGGCACAAUCAUUGUAAACAUGAGUUUGUCUGUUUCUCUAAAUUGAUUUCUGCCUUCUAAUCUGUAAUUACUGGAAAACUUCUCACGUUUACUAAACUUAAUUUCUGGUUUUUGGUUUAUAUCCAUAUCCAAAUUUAAAAUAUCUCUUAAUUUUAAUGCCAACAAAAUCGGUUGUAAUCAAAUUCUAAAAUAAUAAUUUGGCCCCUUCCUCCCCCUUU